UUCAAAAGAUUAGUAUAUUUUUGAAAGCGCGUCUUUAGAAUAUUAGAAAAAUAUAAUUUGUUUCAUAAAAAAAAUUCUUAAAUUAAACUAUCGUAAUAAAAUGGAUUUAAAAUUAAUAUUUUUAAUAAAUUUUUCAAUAUUUUUUCUAAUAAGUAAUUUAAUUAAUAUUUCUGCUGCAACUGAUCUUGAUUCUCAUCCAAAUUUAAUUUUGUUACCUGAAAAUUGUGGUGUAAUUGAAGAGGAAUCUGAAAUAUCGGAUAAAAUUCGUAAAAUAACUGCAGGUCCUAGGGAAUUACGAUUUAUGGCUCGUUUGCAAUAUGAUACAGAAGAGCCUCGCUUUCGUUGUACUGGAACAUUAAUAAGUGAAAAUUAUGUUUUAGCUGCGGCUCAUUGUCAAAGGAGUUCUCUAUUGAGUGUUCGUCUUGGGGAACAUAACGUUGAAACUGAAUUGGAUUGCAAAGAAGAUGGAAAAGACUGCAAUGAUCCCGUUCAAGAUAUUUCUGUUAAGAAUGUGACAAUUCAUGAAAAUUUUCAAAGCAGACGUGUAGCAAACGAUAUUGCGUUAAUACGUUUAGCGCACCCCGCUGAUGUAAAAAAAAAUAAUGUUCAACCAAUAUGUUUACCAAUCACUUCAGAAUUAAGAAAUGCAGUUAAUAAACAAGGAAUAUUCAGUGCUUGGGGAAAUCCAUCACCCACUACUCUUUAUAAAACAGUUCUUGAUAUAAAUGAAGAAAGGAAAACGUGUGAAGAUUUUUAUUCAAAAUUUAAUGCGAAUGUAACAGAGGAGGUUAUCUGUGCAACUAGUAAAAAUAACUUAAAUAGUUGCAAAGGUGAUGCUGGUGCACCAUUAUUUCAAAAGUUAAAAAUUGGAGAAAAUAAAAAAUAUGUUCUAUUGGGAUUCUCAUCGGCAGGCGUUCAAACAGAAAACGAUUGUGAAGACAAGAAAGAUAGUGGCGGAUCUCUUUAUACCAAUGUUCCCAAAUAUAUGAAAUGGAUUUUAGAUCAUUUGGAACCAUAAUUAAAGAUUUUUUUAUUGUCAAAUUAAAAUAUAGAUAUUGUAAAAUAAAUAUUAUGAGUCGUAACAAAAUAUUGAGUUGAAAUUGAAAAUAUUAAGUCUUC